CUUAUUAUCAUCACUCCCUAAAUCGAAGGAAACCUCUCUGAGAUAAAAAAGGAUCUCUGCUCGCCGAAGAACGCGCACAUCACGCACCAUGGGGAGUAACGAAGCCGAAUCUUCGAGCUCGAAAGGGACGAAGAGAGAUUUUAGCACCGCGAUUCUGGAGAAGAAGAAGUCGCCUAAUCGGCUCAUUGUGGAUGAGGCCAUCAACGACGACAACUCCGUAGUGGCUCUUCACCCUAACACUAUGGAGAAGCUCCAGCUCUUCCGCGGUGACACUAUUUUGAUCAAGGGUAAGAAAAGAAAGGAUACAAUUUGUGUUUCCCUUGCUGAUGACACAUGUGAAGAACCUAAGAUUAGGAUGAACAAGGUUGUUAGGAACAACCUCAGAGUCAGGCUUGGAGAUGUUGUUUCUGUCCACCAGUGUCCUGAUGUCAAGUAUGGUAAACGUGUGCACAUUCUUCCCGUGGACGAUACCGUUGAAGGAGUUACUGGGAAUCUCUUUGAUGUUUACUUGAAACCAUAUUUCCUUGAGUCCUACAGGCCAGUGAGGAAGGGUGACCUCUUCCUUGUCAGGGGUGGGAUGAGGAGUGUUGAGUUCAAAAUCAUUGAGACUGACCCCGGGGAAUACUGUGUUGUCGCCCCUGACACUGAAAUAUUCUGCGAGGGUGAACCUAUAAGAAGGGAAGAUGAGGACCGGUUGGACGAGAUUGGUUAUGAUGAUGUCGGUGGGGUCCGUAGACAGAUGGCUCAGAUAAGGGAACUCGUUGAGCUACCACUAAGGCAUCCACAGCUCUUCAAGUCAAUUGGAGUUAAGCCCCCAAAAGGAAUCCUUCUAUACGGGCCUCCCGGGUCGGGAAAGACUCUAAUAGCUAGGGCAGUUGCGAAUGAGACUGGUGCAUUCUUCUUUUGCAUUAACGGGCCAGAAAUAAUGUCAAAACUCGCAGGAGAAAGCGAAAGCAAUCUUAGGAAAGCGUUUGAGGAAGCUGAGAAGAACGCACCCUCAAUCAUUUUUAUUGAUGAGAUUGAUUCUAUUGCUCCCAAACGUGAGAAGACGAAUGGGGAAGUUGAGAGGAGGAUUGUUUCUCAGCUAUUGACACUUAUGGAUGGGCUGAAAUCCCGUGCACAUGUCAUCGUCAUGGGGGCCACCAACAGGCCCAAUAGCAUUGAUCCCGCUCUGAGGCGGUUUGGGAGAUUUGAUAGGGAAAUUGACAUUGGUGUCCCCGAUGAAGUUGGGCGUCUUGAGGUUCUUAGGAUACAUACCAAGAACAUGAAGCUUGCAGAAGAUGUUGAUUUGGAAAAAAUUGGGAAGGGAACACAUGGUUAUGUUGGUGCAGAUUUAGCAGCAUUGUGUACUGAGGCGGCUCUUCAGUGCAUCAGAGAGAAGAUGGAUGUGAUUGAUUUGGAAGAUGAAACCAUAGAUGCAGAAAUUCUGAACUCAAUGGCUGUUACCAAUGAACACUUCCAAACUGCUCUUGGAACCAGCAACCCCUCUGCUUUGCGCGAAACUGUAAGAACUGUGCAAUAUCCAGUGGAGCAUCCCGAGAAGUUUGAGAAGUUUGGAAUGUCUCCCUCAAAGGGUGUCUUGUUCUAUGGCCCACCAGGGUGCGGGAAAACUCUCUUGGCGAAGGCUAUUGCCAAUGAAUGUCAGGCAAAUUUCAUCAGCAUCAAAGGUCCGGAACUGCUCACUAUGUGGUUUGGGGAGAGUGAGGCCAACGUUAGAGAGAUCUUCGACAAGGCUCGCCAAUCUGCUCCUUGUGUCCUAUUCUUUGAUGAAUUGGACUCCAUUGCCACACAGAGAGGAUCUUCGUCAGGAGAUGCUGGCGGGGCUGCAGACCGUGUUUUGAAUCAACUCCUCACAGAAAUGGACGGAAUGAAUGCCAAGAAGACGGUUUUCAUAAUCGGUGCCACAAACAGGCCUGACAUAAUUGACCCUGCCCUUCUUCGUCCUGGCCGUCUGGACCAGCUGAUUUACAUUCCUCUCCCUGAUCAAGAAUCUCGUUUCCAGAUUUUCAAGUCCUGCCUGAGGAAGUCUCCAGUCUCCAAGGAUGUUGAUCUAAGAGCUCUUGCCCAGUACACUCAAGGCUUCAGUGGAGCUGACAUUACAGAGAUCUGCCAGCGUUCUUGCAAAUAUGCCAUUAGAGAGAACAUCGAAAAGGACCUUGAGAGGGAAAGGAAGAGGAGGGAGAACCCAGAGGCUAUGGAGGAGGACGUGGAGGACGAGGUGGCGGAGAUAAAGGCGGCUCACUUUGAAGAAUCAAUGAAGUACGCGCGGCGGAGCGUGAGCGAUGCUGAUAUCAGAAAGUACCAAGCCUUCGCUCAAACUCUGCAGCAGUCUCGGGGCUUCGGCACCGAGUUCAAGUUCUCAGAUGCCGCCCCGGCGGCAGCAGCAGCACCGGCCGCCGACCCUUUUGCAACUUCAGCCGCCGGAGGGGCUGAUUAUGAUGACCUAUACAGUUGAUGAUUCUUCAUCGUUUGCGCCAUUGCUUCUUCUUCUUCUCUUACAUAAUUAUUGAACCAGUUUAUGUUUAAUUUUGCUGGGCUUUCUUAUCUUUUGCUUUUCUGCAAUUGUAAUUCAUUUUAAAACAGUUUAAGUUUUUCUUUUUAAAUUGUUAUAGAGUUUAUACUAAGAAAGGACUGUAUGUUCCAAAACAUAUGUAACACCCAUGACAUAAGGUUCAAUGUCACUUGAACCUUCCCCUUUCUGCAAUUGCUUUAUUUUAACUAUCCACUUGUUCGCCCUUCAUAGUUCAUACCAUAUACGGUUUACUUUUCUGUCUU